AUGACCCUUCUCGACGAAAAAACAGCCCAAACAACGACCGCCGUCGUCGAGCUCGACGCAGACUCCCAGCAUGCUUCUCCCGCCGACGAGGAGAAAUCAAAGUGGGCGCGCCUGCGCGAGGGCGUGAAUUGGUAUAUCCCCGGGACGACGGCGCGGGAGAAGAAGUUGUUGCUCAAGCUCGAUCUGUCGAUUUUGCUGUUUGGAUGUCUUUCGACGUUUUCAAAGACGCUGGAUAAUAACUCGCUUACGAAUGCUUAUGUCUCUGGAAUGAAGGAAGAUCUAGGCCUGGGUGGCAACGACCUCAAUUACCUCCAGGCAGUCUACUACGCGUCCUACCUCAGCUUCAUGAUCCCCGCCAGUUUCGCGCUCACGCGCCUACCGAUCCAGCGGAUCCUGCCGACGAUGGAAGUCCUAUGGGGCGCGUGCACGUUCGGCUGCGCAUGGUGCCAGAACCUGACGCAGCUGUACGUCUGCCGGUUCUUCCUCGGCGGGUGCGAGACCGUCGCGUUCACGGGGCUCAUCUACAUCAUCGGCAGCUGGUACCGGCGCGGGGAGAUCGGCGUGCGGUUCAGUCUGUACACGAUCGCGUCGCCGCUCGGGGGGAUGAUCUCGGGAUACCUACAGACGGCGACGUACACGAACCUGAACGGCACGCACGGGCUUGAGGGGUGGCGGUGGUUGUUUGUCGUGUGCUUCUGCAUCACGGUGCCGUGCGCGGCCAUCGGCUUUGUGUUUUUCCCAAACUCGCCCGAGUACACGAAGCCGUCGUGGUGGUUGACGCAGGACGACAUCGAUCUGACGAUGGAGCGCCUGCGGAGCGAGAAAAUCCAGCAGAUCAGCAAGCAGAAGGUAAACUACCGCCGGCUGGCCAAGAAGUGUCUUCUCGACUGGCACUGGUACUUUUUCGUGUUUGCCUGGUGCUUGUACGAUCAGAACCAGUACUUCAGCGGCACGCCGUUCAGCUUGUAUCUCAAAGCAAACUCGGACAGGUACUCGGUCGCGAAUAUAAACAACUACCCGACGGUCGUCAAGGCAAUCUCGAUCUUCGUCACCCUGCUGGGCGGGUACUACUCCGACAAGACGCUCGACCGCUACACGCCCUGUCUGAUCACCGCCGUGCUGACGCUAAUCGGCGCCAUCAUCCUCUGCGUCUUUGACGUCUCCGAGGGCGCGCGGAUUUUUGCGUUCUUCGUCGCCGGCGCGGCAAACUCGAUGAACAACUUCCAAAUGACCUGGGCCUCGGACGUGACCAAAGACGACCCGGAAGUCCGCUCGCUCAUCACCGCGUCCAUGAACUGUAUCGGCCAGGUCUUUCUCGCGUGGGUCCCGAUCUUGACGUUUCCGAGUAACAAAGCGCCGAGGUUUAAGAAGGGCUUCACGUUCUCUGUCAUCACGGCCGCGUUGCAUGUCGUUACUGUCACGGCGAUCUUCUUGCUCGAAAGGAGGGACCGAGCAGUUCGAGGAAGCGGGACAUGCGCUGCGCGGUGA